AUGCCUCGUGCCGUUCGAGGUCUGCUCAUCGAAUGCGAUCCGUCGAUCAAGUCCAUGAUCCUCAAGUACGAUGAGGAGCGACACGACUAUAUUGUGGAGGAUCUGGAUGAUGAGAAUCACUUGGUGAUCAAGGAGAGCCAGCUUCAGAACCUCAAAGUUCGACUGGAUCAGGGAGAGGACCUUGCACAACCUACGGUUGUACUAACUCCUCGGCAGGAUCUGGACGAAAAGAUCAUGCAACUGGACGAAUCCGAGUCUGAGUAA